AUGGCCGCCAGUAUGGACAGUUCUGCCCGCAGUGCAUUGAAUGUUCCUGAUGCAGCUCCAGCUUCAGCUCCAGCUCCAAGUCCGAUUCCUCUUCCAACUCCAAGUCAAAAUCCAAGUCAAAUUCCACAUUCAAAUCCAACUGCCCCAGCUCUCCCUCUCGCGCUCGCUCGCGGUCCACCAAUAUUCUCUUUCGCCCUCAACCCCUCGAGCAGCAGAUACCAGCACCAGCACCAGCCUUCUCCCUCGCCCUCGCCCUCUCACUCUCCCUUUCUCUUUCCCCCCCGUAGCCCCGACGAGCUCAAUUUCCUCGACAUGGUGGGCAAAAAGUCCGGGAAGGCACUGUUGCGCGAGGAAGGUCUGGAGAGGACCGACAAUGGGAUGAAGCAAUCUAGCUGGCCCGAGGUUCCGAUGAUCAACCAGAAGAACUAUUACACCGAGUACAUGAAGCGCGAUGACCAGAUCCUCCCGUACCGACUCCAACAUGAGGCCAAUCGCGACAGGAUGAUUCGCAAUGCGAAGGACAGGGACAGAGCUCUGGCACGAACGAGUCAUACCGACGUGCCCAUACUCACCCUUGCCGAUGGCGACCUAGACGAGCAUGUUGACAGCGAUGCAGCCGACAACUCCAAGAUCAUCGUCAUACAUCCAGGCAGCCAGAACCUGCGCAUUGGGCUGGCGAGCGAUGCCCUGCCGAAGACCAUACCAAUGAAUAUUGCCUGCAAAUGGACCGAGACCGAAUCGAAAGAGUACGAGCCGAGACCGAAGAGGCAGAAGCUGGAUGGGACCCCGGAACAGCUGUUUGGGGAGGAGUUCUCGAAGCGCUAUGUCAAGAUGACGGCAGCGCUGAAGGUCGACAUGCGCGCCAACAAGUUCAAGGUCCUGCCGAACUCCAAGGAGUUGGUUAUCAAUUUCAACAAGAGGACGGAGCCGGAGAUCAUUCCGGAGCAUAAUGACCCCAUCCGAAUUGAGUGGACCGAUGUUUCGAAGGACACCAAAGACCUCUCGAAAUUCUAUACGGGCAUGGCAGCUCUGCGGAUACCUGACGAUUCCGACCCUUCGUACAAGGUGUUUUGGCCGAUACAGCAGGGUUACUUUCACGAGAAUGAUUACAUGAGUGCUGAGCAUCUGUUUGACGACUUCGAGUCCAUAUUGGAAGAUGCAAUUAGGAACGAGCUGGGUCUAGGCAAGAGCUCUGAGUGGAAUCAAUACAGCUGCGUGGUUGUUAUUCCGGACUUGUACGACAAGCGGUAUGUCGAGCAGAUUCUGCACAUGUGCAUCAAGGGAUUUGAGUUCAAGCAGGUGUGCUUCAUCCAGGAGAGCCUGGCAGGGACGUAUGGAGCGGGAUAUACGACUGCUUGCAUUGUCGAUAUUGGAGCACAAAAGACUUCUAUAUGCUGUGUAGAGGAUGGCAUGUGCAUCGAAGAUUCAAGGAUAAAUCUCAAGCAGGGAGGUUUUGACGUGACGGACACUUUCAUCAAGAUGAUGUUGCACGAUUACUUCCCGUACUCGGACAUCAACUUGAAGCGGAGGUACGAUUUCCUUCUGGCUGAGGAGCUGAAGAUGAAUUACUGUACGAUGAACUAUGCGGAAAUCGCUAGUCGUACGCACGAUUUCCAUCUUCGCGUCCCACAUCAACCAACACGGAAGUAUCAGUUCAAAACCUACGACGAGGUCAUAUUGGCGCCGAUGGGCUUCUUCGAUCCUUCGCUCUUCGAGAAUUCAGAUAAGCUUGUCGGGCGCCGGAAACUCAUCGAUCGCACCUACAAUGCUUACGAUGCGGAUAUGCCUGAUGACCCGACGUCGGCAGCCCAAAAUGCGAUAUUGUUGAGCAUCAAGCCAUCCAUUGCUACAAACGCCAAUGGUGUAUCUUUCAAUGGUUCCGGCGAAUUUGCCACUCCAUCGAAAGAGAGGCCGAAUCCUUUCGCAUACCUCAAUGAUCCAAACGGGAACUCUCGUGUCACUUCCGCAGCUGCUUCACCAGCACCAGAAGGCGCGAAUACCCCCGCAGCACCCUUCGUCUUUGGUGCCAAUGGUACGCAUGGCGGAUCCCCAGGCCCAAGUCUGCAAAACAAUAGUUACCACAACGGCGGCACUCCCAUACCUCCGGCUGGCAUGUUUGUCGAUGCCCAGGCGCGAACGCAGAAGGACCUCGCCAUUGAGCGCGACUCCGUGCUUCCUACCGCACCUCUCGACACGGCGAUCAUCACGUCAAUCACCCACGCCACCCGUGGCGAUGACAAGAAACUGCGGGAUUUCUUCGGCGGCAUCAUGGUUAUCGGUGGCGGCGGCAAGACGCCUGGCCUCGGUCCUUUCCUCGAAGAGAAGCUGAAGCAGAAGAGGCCGGAUCUAGCAGAGAAGAUCUUGGUGGGUACGAGUCCGCGGGAGAUGGAUGGACAGGUUGUGGUGUGGAAGGGGGCUAGUGUUUAUGCGAGGAUGAGCUCGCAUGAGAGCUGGGUUGGAGGGCAGGAGUAUGAGAAGUUGGGGAGUCGGGUCCUAUGGCAUAAAGUACUUUGGAAUUACUAG